CAAAGUGGGUGGGGAUGUAAAUGCAUGUUAUAAAUUACAAAAUUAUGUAACAGAACAAGGAAAUCUUGAAAAUAUAAAACAAGAAGUAAAGAAUGUGUAUUUUGGUAAACAGAGUGGAAAGCUUGGAGAAGUGUCAAUUGAAAACUGCAUGCGUUUAAUGAAAGAACUAAAAACACCAAUGAUGAACAUAAUGCAGGUAUCUUCUGAAGAGUAUGAUGAGAUUAUCAAAAUGACAACAGAAGAAAUAAGAGAAUUAAAUUCUUAUUAUCCUAUUAUUCGUGUUUAUGCAA